AUGCACAAUCCGCUGACACCUGCGCUAAGCCUAGAAGGACGGCUGCUCUUCGCCGUGCCCAAGAAGGGCCGUCUGCAGCAAGCCACCCUCAACCUCCUCGAGGGCGCCGACAUACAAUUCCGCCGCGAGAACCGCCUCGACAUCGCGCUCGUCAAGAACCUCCCCAUCGCGCUGGUCUUCCUCCCCGCCGCCGACAUCCCGACGUUCGUGGGCGAGGGCCAGGUUGACCUGGGCAUCACCGGCUACGACCAGGUCCAGGAGUACGAGGCCGGUGUCAGGAGUACGGCCCGGGCGCGGCGCAUGUCCGGCGAUGUCACUCCUGCGGACGGCAAGCCCAGGGGCUGCGAGACGGUCAUGGACCUGGGCUUCGGGGCGUGCAAGCUCCAGGUGCAGGUCCCCGUGAAGGGCACAUACACCAGCGGCCAGCACCUGAUAGGGAAGAACAUCGGCACCAGCUUCGUCCACCUGGCCGAGGAAUACUUUGCCAGGCUGGAGUUGGAGCAGGACGGCGCCACGGCUGACGCAGAGGGCUGGACUCCGGAUCGGAAACUGCGGACCAAGAUCGUGGAGCUGAGCGGCAGUGUCGAGGCGGCAUGCGCCCUGGGCGUUGCAGAUGGUAUUGUUGACCUCGUCGAAUCUGGCGAGACUAUGAAGGCUGCAGGCCUUGAAGCCAUCGAUACCGUAGUGGAAUCCUCCUCGAUCCUGAUCAAGUCGAAGGCCCCGACACACCCAGACAUGGUCGAACUUAUCGCAUCCCGCAUCCGUGGCGUCAUCACAGCGCAGAGAUAUGUUCUCUGCCAGUACAACGUGCCAAGAAGCCACCUCAAGGAGGCAACUUCCAUUACACCCGGCAAGCGGGCGCCCACAGUGACGCCGCUCGAGGAAGAAGGCUGGGUCGCUGUCAGCUCCAUGGUGGAGAAGAAGAAGAUCGCACCAGCUAUGGACGAGCUUGUCAAGGUCGGGGCAACGGACAUUCUGGUGCUGGAUAUCCACAACUCUCGUGCAGGCUAA